AUGUCUAAGGAGAAGAGAAGUGAGGAUUCUGUAAUCUCAAAAACUAGGUUUCAUUUGUCUCAAACAUCUGGAACUGCCAAAGAGGUUAAGGAUAUGGUAAGGGCUCAUGCAAUUGAUACAAGAAGGGAAUUAAAAAUUGUGAAGAAUGAUAAAGAAAGGAUCAGGGUAAUAUGUGAAGGAAAGUUGGUAGCUUUUGAUCCUAAUGUGAAUGUUGGGCCAUCAAAUAUUGAUGCAGGAGCCAGGCCAAUUAAUAAUGAAGCAGUUGGGCCUAGCAAGAAAAAGCCUAAGACAGAUAAGAGAGUUGGGCCACAAGAUGAGCCUAAGAAGAAAAACACUAAGAUAGAUAAGGGAGUUGGGCCUACUCUACAAAGUGAACUUCAAAGAACUUUUCAGCUUGGAUUAUCUAAGCAGAAAGCACAAAGAGCUAAAAGGUCUGCACAAGGUCAACUAAGAGGGGAUUACACUAGGCAGUAUAACAUGUUGAGAGAUUAUGUUCUGGAGUUGCAUACUUCAAAUCCAGAGUCAACAAUCAAGUUGGAAGUUGAACCACCAAUGAAUCCAGAGUCUAAUGAGAGAAUCUUUAAAAGGAUUUAUGUUUGCCUAGGAGCCUUGAAGAGGGGGUUCAAAACUGCUGGUAGAGAAUUAUUGGGACUUGAUGGUGCAUUUAUGUCUGGUCCAUUCCCUGGACAAGUACUUACUGCUGUUAGCAUUGACUCAAACAAUGGAAUUUACCCAGUUGCAUAUGCAGUAGUGGAAGCAGAAACCACCAACUCAUGGACAUGGUUCUUGGAGUGUUUAGGUGAUGAUUUAGAUCUUGAUAGGAGGUCUAAUUACACUUUUAUGAGUGACAGGCAAAAGGGCAUAAUUCAAGCAAUUGCAAAGGUUUUUCCAUGUGCUGAACACAGGUACUGUUUAAAGCAUAUACAUGAAAAUAUGAAGUUGCAAUGGAGGGGAACUGCUUUCAAAAACCAUGUGUGGAAGUGUGCUUCAGCAACAACAGUCCCAGAGUUUAACAAGUGUAUGUUGGAUCUUAAAAAUUAUAGUGAACCUGCAUACAAGUGGUUAUUAAAAAUCCCACCCCAACAUUGGGCAAGGUCACAUUUUACAGGCAGGGCAAAAUCUGAUGUAUUGCUAAACAAUAUGUGUGAAGUCUUGAACAGCAAAUUGGUUAAGGGUAGGGCUAUGCCUAUAAUCCAUUGCCUAGAAUACAUUAGGGAGUACUUAAUGAUUAGGAUAGACAAUGUGAGGAAGGUUAUAGCAAAGAGCAAGGGGCCAUUAACACCAACUGCAACUAGGAUAUUUGAAUGGAUUAAAACAGAGGCAGAAUCCUACAAAGCCAUAUUCAAUGGUACUGAUAAGUAUCAAGUCAGUGGCCCAUGGGGAGAUCAAUGUGUGGUUAACAUGACAAAUAUGACAUGCUCAUGUAGGAAGUGGGAAAUAACUGCUAUGCCUUGCAAACAUGCAGUAGCAGUUCACUACAAUAUGGUAAACAAUGGUGUGGCAACUGAUGUGGUUGAGGCAUGGGUGGAUCCUUAUUAUAGGCUAGACACAUGGAAACUUAUGUACCAAUUCACCAUUAACCCAACUAAUGGAAUGAACAUGUGGGCCAAAGCUCCUGAACACUUGACACUCAUCAUUCCUCCAAAAUAUCACACACCAGUUGGUAGACCUAGGAAGAAAAGAAGAAAGAAUGCAGAGGAGAUUCAAAUGUCAAAAAAUGGUAAAUUGUCUAGAAAACUUAGGUCUGUUGUAUGCAAAAACUGUGACAAGAUGGGGCACAACAAGAGGUCUUGCCAAAAUGUUGGUUCCAGUCAACCAAAUCCAAAUGCAAGUCAGUCAAACCAAGCAAGAGAAGUUGCAAGUCAGUCAAACCAAGCAAGAGAAGCUGCAAGUCAACCCAAUGCAACUCCAAGUCAGACAACCCAACCAAGACAAGCUGCAAGUGGUGCUGGAAGUACAAGAGAAGCAGGUGCAGGUGCUGCUGGUGCAAGUCAAGCAAGUGCAAGUAUGGGCAGGCCAACUCAAGAAUCUGUCAGUGUGAGGACAACCAAAAACAGACAUAGAUAUGUUAAGGCGACGGCUGCUGCUCAUGCUGCUGAUGAUGAUGAUGGAAAGAAAACCAUACGAACAAUGAACAAAUUCAGCCUAAUAUCAAGGAUGACCACAAAAAAUACCCGACACACAGCCGAGGCUGUUGGUGACUUGGUGUAG